AUGACUUCACAUUGGAUUGCAGAACACUACCAGAAUCUGUUUAAGGUUAACCCUUACAUGAGAGUGCAAGAUAUUCAGGAAACCAUUUGGUUAGAAAAGGGUAUAAGGGUGAGCAAAGACAAGGCUGCCAGGGCUAGGAGAAGGGGUCAAGCACUCAUUGUUGGUGAAUACAAAGAGCAGUAUGCAUUACUCCAAAGGUAUGCAGCUGAGAUACUAAGAAGCAAUCCAGGGAACACAGUGAAGUUGAAGUUGGAUGCAAAUGUGUUUGACAGACUGUAUUUGUGUUUUGAGGCACUUAGGAAAGGGUUCUUGGCAGGAUGCAGACCUUUCAUAUCACUUGAUGGAUGUUUCUUAAAGGGACCAUUUGGGGGUCAAUUGUUAGUAGCAGUAGGGAGGGAUGGAAACAAUCAAAUGUUCCCUUUGGCUUGGGCUGUUUGUGAGGUUGAGAGCACUGACACAUGGAGUUGGUUUCUAGAACUUCUAGCUACUGAUUUAGGUACUAGUGAAGGAGCAGGGUACACUUUCAUGUCUGACCAACAAAAGGGUUUACUUGCUGCUGUGUCAAAUGUGUUUCCACAAGCUGAAAGUAGGGUGUGUGCAAGGCAUGUGUACUGUAACUUUAGGGGAGUGUUUGGAGGUGGUUUAGAGUACAGAAAACUAUUUUGGACUAUUGCAAAAAGCAACACAGUAAAUCACUUCAAUGAAAACAUUGAAGUAAUGAGGGGUAUUUCACAUGAAGCUGCUGAAGACCUACUGAAAAGGAACUACAAGAAAUGGUGUAGGGCAUUCUACACUCCAUUAUCUUGUUGUGACAGUGUAGACAACAACAUGAGUGAGGUGUUUAAUGCAUACAUCUUGAGUGCAAGGCACAAGCCUAUUAUUACCAUGUUGGAAGAUAUCAGAGAGGGUUUGAUGGAAAGACUGCAUAAGAAAAGAGAUUUCAUUGGGAAAAAGGAGAUAAUGUUGUGUCCUAGGAUCCAAAUUCAGUUAGAGAAACACAAAAUUUGGGCUAGGGGUUGGAAUGCAUACUGGGAUGGUGGGUUUUGCUAUGGAGUAAGAGAAGGUGCAACACAGGUUAAGUAUGUGGUGGAUCUGAACCAACAUACUUGUAGUUGCAAUGCAUGGCAGACCUACAUGAAGGCAUAUGAAUUUUUGUUAGAGCCUUUAAAUGGUCCUCAAGAGUGGCCUACUUCUGAUAGCAUUGUUGUGGCUCCAAAGGUGAAAAAGGUCAAUGAAAGACCUAAAACAAAGAGGAGAUAUGGUGUUGGAGAGGUAACUGCAUCUGGUAAGCUGAAGAGAACAGGUUGUUCUAUGAAAUGCAGCUUAUGUGGUGUGAUAGGCCACAACAAAAGGGGUUGCAAGAAUGCCCCUAAGCAACAACAACACAGCAACAAUCAUGCUACUGCAGAGCAGACCACACCACAGCAACAACACCCAAGAACCAGUUCAGCUAUACCAAUGCACAAUAGGGGUGUGGGUAUUUAUACCUACCCAAAUGGGUAUCAAAGAAUAGCUACUGUAAGUCAUUCAAUAUACUCAAAUUCUUUCUUACAUGUUACUUUACUGUACUGA